AUGGCCUUGGAUGCUCAACAAACUAGAGGCUUCACUCAUACUUGGCCAACUUCACUUGAGAAAUCAUGGGCUAAGUUAGUGAAGGUCACAAAGAUGGUUAAGAAACUAGGACAAGAUGACCCUAGACGAAUUAUUCAUUCCCUUAAGGUUGGAUUUGCACUAGCGUUGGUUUUACUUUUGCAACAAUUUCAUCCCUCCUUCUAUGGUUUUGGUGCCAACAUAAUCUGGGCUGUUAUCACCGUUGUUCUUGUCCUAGAAUUUUCUGUGGGUGCAACACUAGGAAAAGGUUUAAACAGGAUGUUGGCAACGUUGUUAGCUGGUGCUUUGGGUGUUGCAAUCCAUAGAAUUGCAACUCUUUCUGGGGAGAAGGGAAAGGUUGUACUGUCUUCAACCUUUGUCAUUGUGAUAGCUGCAACAGCGACAUUUAUGAGAUUUUUCCCCCGAUUGAAGGCGAGAUACGAUUAUGGGUUGGUCAUAUUUAUGUUGACCUUCUGCAUGGUAUCUCUUUCGGACAAUACAGAGGAUGAACUCUGGAAAAUGGCCUAUGAGAGGUUAUUAACAAUCAUCAUUGGGAGCUGUAUAGCUAUUAUGGUCUGUAUUUGCAUAUGCCCUGUUUGGGUUGGUGAGGAUCUUCACAAUCAGAUUACUGGCAGUAUUGAAAAGCUCGCCGACUUUUUGGAAGGAUUUGGAGACGAUUACUUCAAAAAUUCAGAGAAUACAGAAGCUGUGGAUGAUGAGCCGUUUCUCCACAGAUAUAAAAGUGUCCUCUCUUCAAAAAGCAGUGAACAAACAAUGGCUGUUUUGGCAAGAUGGGAACCUUGUCAUGGCCGGUUCAGAUUUCGCCACCCAUGGAAACAAUACUUAGAGAUUGGGAAGCUAUUACGAUUGUGUGCUUACAAAAUCGAAGCCCUUAGUGUCUACCUCCUCCACCCUAAAGAAGUAUGGUAUUAUCAUAGAAAUAUAAUAUAA